GUGCUCAGUCAAUUCUCCCUGAAUAAACAAUGAUGAUGAGUCGACAGACAGAAUGACAGAGAUAAGUGGAUUUAACGAUGAGCUGAGCUCUACGCCAUAGAUACAGUAACGGCCAAGGUUAAAUCUUUGUAUGUCUCACUGAUGAACACCUGUAUAACAUUGGUGUAAACUGGCUGCAGAAACUUCAACCUGGACGCAGAAGUGAGAAGGAAGAGUGACUACGGUGACCCGUGAAGAUCACGUUACCCUAUCUUUUGGCGUUUCAAUAUUUCGGUCUUUCCUUUUCCUCAAUGACGAUGGGUGACAUGACAUUCGAAGAACUGGAUGAUUUAGUACAUUUUUCAGUCCACGAUUUACCGGGUCGCGGAUAUGCAGUCAUGGAAGAGAUUCGACGGCAAGGGAAACUCUGUGAUGUGACCCUAAAGGUUGGUGAACACAAAUUCAGUGCUCACAGGAUUGUCCUGGCUGCUUCCAUUCCAUACUUCCAUGCCAUGUUCACCAAUGACAUGGUGGAAUGUAAACAGGACGAGAUUGUCAUGCAGGGGAUGGAUCCUAGUGCUCUUGAAGCUCUGAUUAAUUUUGCAUACAACGGCCACGUGGCAAUAGACCAGCAGAACGUUCAGGCCCUGUUAAUAGGUGCCAGUUUCCUACAGCUGCAGAACGUCAAGGAUGCCUGCUGCUCAUUCCUUCAGGAGAGAUUGCACCCAAAAAACUGUUUGGGUGUGCGUCAGUUCGCAGAGACCAUGAUGUGCACCACGCUUUACGAUGCCGCCAACAGCUUUGUGCACCAGCACUUCGUGGAGGUGUCCAUGUCCGAAGAGUUCCUGGGGCUGCGUCUAGAAGAGGUGCUGGAGCUGGUGGGCUGUGACGAGCUCAAUGUCAAAGCAGAGGAGCAGGUGUUUGAGGCAGUGCUGGCGUGGGUGCGGCAUGACAGGGAGGAGCGGGAGGCUUACGUCCCUGAGCUGCUGACCAGGACGAGGCUGCCCCUGUGCCGGCCCCAGUUCCUGGCCGACCGAGUGCAACAAGAUGAACUGGUGCGCUGCUGCCACAAGUGCAGAGACCUAGUAGAUGAAGCAAAAGAUUAUCACCUCAUGCCGGAGCGUCGCCCUCACCUCCCUGCCUUUAAGACCCGACAGCGAUGCUGCACUUCUAUCGCCGGCCUUAUAUAUGCAGUGGGGGGCCUCAACAGUGCUGGAGACUCAUUAAACGUGGUCGAGAUGUUUGACCCCAUCGGAAACUGCUGGGGGCGCUGCCAGCCAAUGGCCACAGCCCGAAGUCGAGUGGGAGUGGCUGUAGUAAAUGGGCUUCUCUAUGCCAUUGGUGGAUAUGACGGCCAGUCACGACUCAGCACAGUAGAAGUGUACAAUCCAGAAACUGACACGUGGAGCAAAGUAUCCAGUAUGAAUAGUCAACGAAGUGCAAUGGGAACAGUUGUGGUAGAUGGACACAUAUAUGUUUGUGGAGGCUAUGAUGGCAAAUCCUCUUUAAAUUCUGUAGAAUGCUAUUCACCCGAGACUGACCGGUGGAUGGUGGUCACUGAGAUGAAUGCGAGUCGCAGCGCUGCUGGAGUGACUGUGUUUGAUGGGAGGAUAUUUGUGUCAGGGGGCCAUGAUGGUCUGCAGAUCUUCAACACGGUGGAGUACUACAACCAGCACACAGCGCUGUGGCACCCUGUGGCGUCCAUGAUGAACAAGCGCUGUCGGCACGGCGCGGCGGCCCUGGGCAGCCAGCUGCACGUGGUGGGCGGCUACGACGGCUCGGGCUUCUUGAUGGGCGCGGAGGUGUACAGCUCGGUGGCGGACCAGUGGAGCCACCUGGUGCCCAUGAACACGCGUCGCAGCCGCGUCUCCCUGGUAGCCAAUUGCGGCCACCUCUACGCAGUGGGCGGCUACGACGGGCAGUCCAACCUGAACUCGGUGGAGAUGUACGACCCCGAGACUAACCGCUGGACGUUCAUGACGCCCAUGGUGUGCCACGAGGGUGGGGUGGGGGUCGGCUGUAUACCUCUGAAGCCUGCUUAAACCCAUUAAUGUCAAUACUCACCUCUAAGUCUUAUGGGGUUUUUUUGUUUGUUUUAUUGUUCAUUUUUAUUUGGAUUAUGUUUUUGUAUUGGGUGAUUACUUCCAAAAAUGCAUUCAUGAUUCAUGUUUCUGCAUCUUCGGUACUACACUCUCUAGGCUUUACAGUUGACCAUAAGCCUAGCAAACUCAGAGACUGAGGGAACCCAGAUGGCAAAGACAGAGUGGGAUCUUUUACAGAACGUACACGUGUACGUGUUUUUCUCCAGGACGUGGAGAGCUGUCAGUGGGAAUUUUAACUUUCGAGAGAGACGAAAAUGCCUGCUUGAUGAAACUAAACGGUGAGAGGGAGAGAAAGAUUUUGGGAGAGAUGUGAGGAGAGUCAGAGAAUGUAUUUGGUCUGGAGGUUUGAUAGGGUCACAGUGUUUUACAAUAUAUAGGGCAUGUUCAUUUGGAACCUGAGAUUUAUAGGUUUACAAGUGAGAAAUGCUGGGCAUUCCAUAAUGAUGAUAAACAGUGAAGAUUCAAAGCUGCUUAGCAGAGUCCAACCUAGCCACUGUGCUCUUAACCAGAAAUGGACCCCUGUGUACUCCAUUUCAGUGAACACAGUGUGUGUGUGUGUGUGUGUGUGUGUGUGUGUGUGUGUGUGUGUGUGUGUGUGUGUGUGUGUGUGUGUGUGUGU